GUGGAGGUCUUGGCUGUGCUCAAGAAGGCAGAGCUCAGCAGUCAACUUGGAAGAUUUGGAUAUGUGGUGGAGGUAGUUCAGGUACAGCCAGUGGGGUCCAGUGAGGGGUGUGUCCUCCUCCUGUUGAACCAGUCUCUCCUCGUCUCCCUGUCUCUGGACCUGGAGUUCAACAGACUGGCAGUGGGGCUGUGUGUCAGUGUGGAGCCUUGCCCGGAGGACAUGGGGGAUAGCCUCCUGCCUCCCAGGGCUGGCCGCAUCGUCGACUUUGUCUUCUCCUCUCCUCUUUUCCUCCAGCUCUGUCACGAUGGAACUGUCUUCAUCGAUAAUGUGGAGCAGGGAGUGUGUGUGGGUGUGGUCAACACACUCCACUACUGUCACUACACCUGUGGCAAUCUACCAGAAUCAGAGGAGUUGUUAACUCAGAUCUCAGCUGCCCAGUUCACCCACCUUGCCGUGGCCUCUGACCUCUCCCAGCUGGCUGCGACCACCACCAGUAGCCAUGUUCUACUAAUCAACCUCCCUGACUACUUUGAGGUGUUUCCUGGUCACUAUCACCCACAGUUCCUCACCCCUCCCUCCCUCCACCAUCAUCACCACGCUCACCAGAGAUCCUCGUCUCGGAGGAAGCACCACGAGUCUCACUCCAUCGCCUCCGAGGAGGAAGAAGAGAUUGCUCGUUAUCGAGGGGGGGCCCAAUUUCGAGGGGACGCGGUCCUCGGGGGCCAUGUAUGGGAACAGCGGUGGAAGGCGUUGUCUCAGAAGGUGGCCGGGUUUGAGCCGAGCUGUCGACAGAGGCUAAGUUUUGCCGGUACUUCCUCGUGUCCUCUUCCUCCACCGCAGCAG